UCUGGAGGGCUACUUUUUUAUUUAUUCUACUCAAAACUUUUUUGUUUUACUUACUGAUUUUAUUUUAUUUUACUUUUUGAUAUGUUUUAGUAUUGUUUAACAUGUUAACAUACGUAAACCAAGCCAAGUUAAUAUAAAACAUAUGUAUGUAAUAAAUAAAUAUUACAAUUGAGACUAAUAGAAUGUGCUGGCACCAUGGAGACCCCUGGCCUAAACAAAUCAAUUAUAUAACGGUGGGAUCCUGAUGCCUCGCUCCCUUUAACACUGGAACAGCUGCUUUAUAAACAUGCUGUGACGUUUACAGCAAUGCAGCCGAAAAUCAGCUGUGUUCAAUGGGAGAGCGAAGCGGAUUGCGCCGCAUAUAGGUCAUAAUAAUUAGGGCGGGUUUACGUUGGCUCACGGUCGGCGAUCAUUCUAAUGCAGGGUUUACACCAAACGCGUUUUGGGCGUCAAAAUCGCGUCUACCGCGCCUAGUUUGGCGCUUGAACACUUUGAAUGCAUUCGCGCGUGUAGAGCGGAGUAGACGCGCGGAAAAAGCAAGAAUUUGACGCGCGUCAGAGGCAAAAUCCGCUUCUUGUGGGAGGGGCAACUGCUGUGCGAGUGUCUGUUUUCAAGAUGGCUAAUGUUAAUCGUGCAUUUAUCGAGAGAGUUACCGCGUUGUAUUUGCUCUGGAGAGCAGAACAGCGGCGUAGAGGUCAGCGUCGCCGUAUUUGGGUCCAUGAGACCAUCCGGAGGCGUACGCAGUUUGGGGAGUAUCAUCAUUUGCUCCAGGAGCUGCGCCUGGAUGACGGCCGCUUUCAGCGGUACUUUCGCCUGUCUCGCGCCCAAUUUGAUGAGCUGUUGUCCCGCGUUGGAGCGAGGAUCACCCUUCAGGACACCAACUACAGACGCUCUAUCCCAGCUGCGGAGCGCCUGUCUAUCUGUCUUCGAUUUCUUGCCACUGGGGACUCAUUCAGGACCAUCGCGUCUAGCUUCAGGGUUGGGGUCGCCACCGUGUGCAAGAUUGUCCCCCAGGUAGUGACUGCCAUCUGGGACUGCCUUGUGGAGGACUACAUGGCUGUGCCCACCACUGAUACCUGGAGGUCCAUUGCAGAGGAAUUUCAGGAGCGUUGGAACUUCCCUCUGUGCUGUGGAGCGGUGGAUGGGAAGCAUGUGGUGAUAAAGGCACCCCCCAACUCAGGAUCCCAGUUCCACAAUUACAAGGGAACCUUCUCCAUCGUUCUCCUUGCAGUUGUGGAUGCAAACUAUUGCUUCCGGGUGAUUGAUGUUGGGGGGUACGGCAGGACCAGUGACGGCGGGAUUCUGGCCAACUCCGCCUUUGGACAGGCUCUCCAGGCUGGCACACUUCAUCUGCCUCCUGACCAGUCUCUACCUGGUGCUGAACAAAGAGGACCCCUGCCCCAUGUCUUCGUGGCUGAUGAGGCAUUCCCGCUGCGGAAGAACCUCAUGCGGCCCUUCCCUGGACACUCCCUUCCUCCAGAGAGGCGUGUCUUCAAUUACCGUCUCUCCAGAGCCCGGCUGGUGGUGGAAGAUGCCUUUGGCAUCCUCUCCUCACAGUGGAGGAUGUACCGGCGGCUCAUCGAGCUCCACCCUGAAGUUGCAGAGAAGUGUGUGAAGGCGACAUGUGUUCUCCACAACUUCAUGAGGUGUUCGAUGGGCACAGAGGCACCUGCUGUGAGGGGUGCAGGAAAUGCUGGUGAGUUGCAAUGGCCAGGUCUGGGUCGGGUUGCGGCAAACAACUCCUCCAGAGAGGCAAUCCGGGUGAGGGAAGUGUUUAUGUCACACUUCUCAGUAGGGGUGCACCGAAAUUUCGGUCGCCGAAAAUUUCGGCCGAAAAUGGCAUUAUCGGUUUCGGGCCGAAAUAAAAAAUCCAGCCGAAAAUGUAAACCGAAAAUGAAUGUCAACCGCGCCCCUUUCAUCUGUGCGCUAGCGCUUGGGUUUCACUCAGCCUCACGGUGAUCAGUCGUCUCCCACCCCUCCCCUUCGUGCUCAAGCAGGUUUCACUCAGGGUCCAGCUGUUUGCACGCGUCUGCAAAGAUUAAGAAUGUCUUGAUGUGUAAACUUUAGAGAGAGUCGCGCUAUGUGUCUCUUACUGUAAUCCAUUAACGUACAUUUGGCGAAUAAAGCAAUGAAACACAACGUAACGUUUUUAUGUGGAGCGACUGUUGCGCUGUUUGGGAUUCACCAUCAGUCUCUGUAUAUGCAUGCGUUUAAGUGCCCUUAAAGCCGAAAGUAUACUAGGGACGUCCGCGUAUGCGCGCCAUCAUUUUCGUCAUCAUUUUCGUGCAGCCCAAAAUUUGAGACCGCACGGACAGUGCGCGUACAGUCCGCGUACAGUCCGCGUACAACAUCGCAUGCGCGUGAAAAUAUUUAGACAGGACACUCCACUACAAACAAUUAUACAAAGGAAAUAGACAGCAUUUGCACACAUACUAUCGUUUUUCUUCUUUAAUUUUAUUUCAUCCAUAAACAGAAAGCUGUGGAGCAUGUUUGUUACCAUAUUGUUUGAUUCCUGUUCUUUGUUGUCUUCUUGUUUGUUCGAAACUGUGUUUGCAAUGGUGGAUCGGUUUCUUUUCUUCACCUAUCCUAAUGUUUUAAUGUACUGUAAAUGUCUCCAAAUCAGUGCUGCACUAGAGUAAUAAUUUGAAUAGAGACGCGUUUAAAAAAAAAACAAGCAAACAUAAAUUCUCUCUGUUAUUGAUAGGGCACAUAUAAACAAAAUUCUCUCCACAGUAUUCUUUUUCUAAUAAAAACAUUUGUUUAUGUCUGUAUAGAUUACAGUCAGAUUAACCUACUGAAGUCUGUGUCAUUAAUGUUGAUCAAACAACCCAUGACAAAGAGACAAAUAGCUCUAAAAAAUAAUAAUAUAUUUAAUUUAUUGUGUUAUGAUUAAUUUAAUUUGAUUUCUGUACCUAAUGCUAAUUUCAGACCUUAUUAAUGUACAACUUUGUUCUCUUUUAUAAAUGUUUGCAAUUUCUUUAUUGUUUAUUAGAUUUUU